AUGUCUUUAACCAAGGUCUGGAACAGCUCAUCAGUGACUGUCUUCUUCCUGUUGGGAUUCUCAGAGCAUCCAGAACUCCAAGUCCUCCUCUUUGUGACCUUCCUGAGCAUCUAUCUCAUGACCCUGGCCUGGAACCUGGCCCUCAUCUUUCUGAUCAGAAGUGACACCCAUCUGCACACACCCAUGUAUUUUUUCCUCACCAACUUGUCCUUCAUUGACAUCUGCUACUCUUCCUCUGUAGCUCCCAAGAUGCUCACCAACUUCUUCCGGGAGCAGAAGACCAUAUCGUUCCUGGGCUGUGCAGCUCAGUUUUUUUUCUUUGUCGGCAUGGGUCUAACGGAGUGCUUCCUGCUGACAGCUAUGGCAUACGACCGAUAUGCCGCAAUCUCCAGCCCCCUUCUCUAUACCACCAUCAUGUCUGAAGGCCUCUGUGCACGCAUGGUGGCUGGGGCAUAUUUUGGUGGUUUCUUGAGUUCCUUGAUCCAGGCCAGCUCCAUAUUUCAGCUCCAUUUCUGUGGACCAAAUGUUAUCAACCACUUCUUUUGUGACCUCCCACCAAUCCUGGCACUUGCUUGCUCCAACAUCUUUGUCAGUCAAGUGGUGAAUUUCCUCGUGGUCAUCACUGUUGGAGGGACAUCAUUUCUCAUCAUCUUGAUCUCCUACAGCUACAUAGUGUCGGCUGUCUUGAAGAUCCGCUCUGCAGAAGGCCGAUGGAAAGCAUUCAACACGUGUGCCUCACACUUGAUGGUGGUGACGCUGUUGUUUGGGACAGCCCUUUUCAUGUACCUGCGGCCUAGCUCCAGCUACUCACUCAGCAGAGACAAAGUGGUUUCUGUAUUCUACUCAUUGGUGAUCCCCAUGCUGAACCCUCUCAUUUACAGUUUGAGGAACAAAGAAAUCAAGGAUGCCCUGUGGAAGGUAAUGGAGAAAAAGAAAGUGUUUUCCAGGUCAUGA